AUGGACUCGGUGGCGCUCUUCUGCACCGCCGCACUCGUCGCCGGCGGAAUCUACUGGUUCGUCUGCGUCCUAGGUCCAGCAGAGCGAAAAGGCAAACGAGCCGUAAAUCUCUCCGGCGGCUCAAUCUCCGCCGAGAACGUCAAAGACAACUACAACCAGUACUGGUCCUUCUUCCGCAAACCGAAAGAGAUCGAAACCGCCGAGAAAGUCCCAGACUUCGUCGACACAUUCUACAACCUCGUCACCGACAUCUACGAGUGGGGAUGGGGACAGUCUUUCCACUUCUCCCCUCACGUCCCCGGAAAAUCCGACAAGGACGCCACAAGGAUCCACGAAGAAAUGGCCGUCGAUCUAAUCAAAGUCAAACCUGGUCAAAAGAUCCUCGACGCCGGUUGUGGAGUUGGUGGGCCGAUGAGAGCCAUCGCGGCCCAUUCCAAGGCCCGAGUCGUCGGAAUCACCAUCAACGAGUACCAAGUGAAACGAGCCAAGCUCCACAACAAGAAAGCCGGUUUAGACUCCCUAUGCGACGUCGUUUGCGGUAACUUUUUGCAGAUGCCGUUCGACGACAACACAUUCGACGGCGCUUACUCGAUCGAGGCCACGUGUCACGCUCCGAAGCUGGAGGAAGUCUACGCGGAGAUCUACAGAGUGAUGAAACCGGGAUCCAUGUACGUCUCCUACGAGUGGGUCACGACUGAGAAGUACAGAGACGGAGACGAAGAACACGUGGAGGUUAUUCAAGGGAUCGAGAGAGGAGACGCGCUUCCGGGACUGAGAAAGUACACCGAUAUCGCGGCGACGGCGAGGAAAGUCGGGUUCGAGGUUGUGGAAGAGAAGGAUUUGGCUAAACCGCCGGCGAAACCGUGGUGGAGCAGGCUUAAGAUGGGUCGUCUUGCGUAUUGGAGAAACCAUGUCGUGGUUGUGAUUCUCUCGGCGAUUGGGAUUGCUCCGAAAGGAACGGUUGAUGUUCAUGAUAUGCUGUUUAAGACUGCUGAUUAUUUGACUAGAGGUGGUGAGACUGGGAUCUUCACUCCGAUGCAUAUGAUUCUCUGUAGAAAACCAGAGAAAGCUGAGGAAUGA